AAUUCUAAUAAAUUCACAUCAAAUCCAACAUUCAAAUUAUGACAAUGAGGCAGCUGAGCAGGGUUUUCAGUUUGACCUUCCUGGUACUGAUUAUAGGAUCAGCGGCGAUUGACCCGUUACCACCGUGCAGUUCAAUAAUAAAUCAACUGACGCCGUGUAUUUCUUUUUUGUCAAGAAACGUGGCAACUCCGUCGCCGAUAUGCUGCAGUGGUGUGAGAUAUUUGGGUAAUUACUCGAGCAACAAGGGUGACAGAGUUUCUAUCUGCCAAUGCAUUGAGGGAUCGGAGUCAAUGUUUCCGCUUGUUGACUUCUCUCUUAUAUCUUCACUUCCGGCCAACUGUGGAGUGCGUAUAACUCUGCCGCCGGUUACUCCGUCGUUUAAUUGCACCACGGCGUGACGUGAGGAGUAAUUUUAUCAACGAAAUAAAUUGGGUUUCUAUAUUAGAGAUAUAAAUUGACAAUUAAGAUGGAAGACUUUUAAUUAUUGAAAGCAGUGUGCAAGUAACAUGAAUGAUAUGGCUAUGUUUUUUUUUCCUGAAAAUAAAUGGUUAAUGUUAUUCUCUGUAAUUUGUCAUUGCAGGAUUUAUUAAGUACUACUAAUGUAAUGCCUAUCAUAUAUAAAAAAUCUAUUUUGGUCCAAUCAAAA